UUGAAAAAUCCCAACCGUUAUCCAAACAAAAAUACCUCGUUCUGAUUGGUCGAAAUAGAAGAACCAAGGUACUUGGGGAAAUCGGCAUUGAAAAUACAUGCAAGUUGGGGUAACCUUUGUUCUGACCGAAAUAUGUUUCCUAACACAGACUUCAAAGCCAAACCAUUUUUGUAUUGCAAGUAUGGUGAGUGAUACGGAUAAUUCUAGCAAAUAAAAUUUAAAUUUAGAACUUUAAUGUUGGUUGCUUCGUGAAAAUCCAUAUCAAUGCACAGUGGUCCAGGAGGUGUAUUUAAGUGGAAAUUAGCAUCUAGAGCUCGACAGUUAUUCUCUAGAUAAAAACAGUCUUCGACAAAGUUGUUACAAGUUUUUGUGGCGAGAAAAAAAUGAUAAUUGUGUUCGAUAAUGAUGAUUAUCUUAUAUGACAUUGACGAGUUUUUUUUUCUAUAUUUUACCCAUACAGUACACAGGAGCCAUCUCGUCCAGGACCACAGAGAACGGCUUUCGUCAUAUCUCAUUCCACUUCAGCAUCUUCUAUCGUGAUACGCGCCAUUCAACGACUAAUCACCAUCCUUCUGUCAUCAUCACACGGUUAUAAACACUGGUGGAGUAAACAAACAAUACCUAACAACCAAACAAAACAGCCCUUUUUACGGCCACCAAAUCAUUAUCAAAGAGUUUAACGAUGUAAUUUUUCAAACAAUUCCAAAAUCAGCAUGCAACAGAUAGCCUAAUGGAAUCCAACGUCAACAUUGCCGUCGUAUCUCGGACACAACCCUCCUGUGACUUGUCUUUCCAAAAAUCGCGAGAACUAUUUCGUAUGUGUAUUAUCGUAUGCUCUAGAAUACAAGAGCUUAUGACAAGGUAUGAUUCCUGGAUCUUUUUUUUGCCUAGUUGCACGGAAUUUCAUAGCCGAACACGAAUUUGCAAGAUGACAGAUGAAUUGGAAGAAAGGUUAUUUUUACAGUCUAUGAACUGAUAAUGUCAACAUGGUUCACGUCAAACUCAACAGUGAAGCGUUUCUAAACAGAAGAUAUUGGGAAGUUUGAUGGACACGUACAACGUAACUUUGACCUGAAUUGAUAAUCAACAACGAUGGAACAAAAAAAAAGUCUAAAUAACACCAUAUCUAGGAGAUUGUAUUUCGCUAAGACGAAAAAAACCAAGAUCACUUCCUGAAACCAUUUCGAAGAUCAAUUGAUGCUCCCUAUUUUUCUACGUUCGAGUAUGGCACUCAUUGUGGUACAUAUCUCGCGCCGUAUACCCAUCUUCAACGGAAGGCGGUCGGUCUGAACCAUCUCUAUUUCCUAAAUCCCGUAAGCAUCGGAAAAAACAAUGAAGAUAAAUUGAUAAUGCUUUAGAUACCGUUCAAUUUGCAGCUCAGCUAAAAUCUGGUCCUCCUGAAAUCAGGAACUAAGAAAUCAACUAUAGCUGUGUAGUUGAAAGGUACGUAUUUGUGCACAUUCUUAAACAAAAACGAUAGAAUUUUAGUCUGACGGAUUCCGAAAGAAAUUGCGGACAUUCUUGGGAAUUACCACCACAAAUUUAUUGCACACACUGCAGGGCAGCCUCCGGGACCAGUUUGCCCCAAUAUCAGGCCUUAUGUCUUCUUUCCCAUCUUCUUCAACUUUUCCUUGAUAAUUAUCCAAAAUUUCAAAUGGUGUACCUUAAUGAACGGUGGAAUGCGUUUUCCAGACACUUUUGCUCGUACACCUUCGAGUCCCGUGACUUGUUCGAGACGAUAAUCAGGGUUUUUCGUCCGUUGUCAGAUCAAUAAUUUGUGUGCAAAUUUAUCAGUGACAACAGAAAUAUACCUGAUGGGGACAGCGUCUCGUUCAAAAUUAAUAAAAUCAUCAAAAAGAUUAAGAAAAUCAUUAACUUCUUUAACAUUAACAUUAAUUAAAUUUAACAAUUUCUUUAACACUGUUUCCAUUUAAUGUUAAAACAGUUGUUAAAAUGGCGGAUAUGUGAAUCUUAAAUUUUGAUGUGUUCUCCUCAUAUUCCAAGAUACGAAUUUUUAAAGCAAACACUAUCGUCAAUCGAAUCAAUUGAAAAUAAGAGGAACUUUGGAACCAGAAAUAAAAAUAUUUACGAAAGUAACAACUACGUUAUUUUCAACUAUCGAACAAAGUUGAACGUGCCUUUUUAGAUUGUAAGACCGAAGGAUCGUCGAUCGAUUGAUGUUGUUGAUGAUCGAUCUCAAUUGGAGCUAUCUCGUUCCACGGAGGGUGCAGACAAUUUGAUAGCUCCAUUACUUUCCGUAAAAUAAUAAUUCGCUCGCUCAAGUUUUGUUGCUCCCUCAAUUUCAUGGCGUCGGUAACUGGAACCCUUUCAGCUAGGGAUGGUUGUUUUGCUAGCAAACGAAUUUUACGGCGGUGGCUCGCACCACCUGAGUGCUUCUUCCAUUACUUUUCGAAUUCAUAAGAUGUCCAUCCCUAUCCAAGCGAAGCCGAACGGACGAUCGGUGUAUGGAACGGCACUAGUGGAAAUGGAAAAGCGGAAGAAAAUUGAUGCCUGCUUUUAUAAAAGCGCCAGGCGUCGUCAGUAGUGCCGUCAUUGAUUCGACUGUUGCUUUUACUUAUAGUUCAGAAUUAGUAGAACUUCGUGUGAACGAAUUGAGAGUUGUUUUUAUUAUCUGCUGUUUCGGAGUGUGAUGAAUAAUUAUAUACUCCCUAUCAUAUUGGUCGUUUGUGCCAUUUCAUCGCUGCCAGCAACGAUCGGAUACAGCUACUCAAAUCGCCAUUACGCCCAUUAUGGAGACGACUCGAGUUCGGAGGAGGACAUCCCAUCGAGCUCGGGAAGCGAUGAAUUAAAUCACAACUCAGUCAUAUCCAUGACGCACUCGGAGAAGGAAAAUAGAUAUGCAGUACCAAUUUACCAGAAAAUCGGAGUACCAGUGCCGCACCCAAUCCCGGUGGCGGUGCCACAGUACGUGAAAGUUAACAUUCCGCAGCCGUAUCCGGUGCAGGUAAAUGUGGAGCAAAAGAUCAAAGUGCCAGUCUACAGGAUUGUGCCGAAAAUCAUCGAGCGACCUGUGCCAUACACGGUCGAAAAGUCCUAUCCGGUGGAGGUCGAAAAACCAUUCCCGGUGGAGGUGCUCAAGAAAAUUGAGGUCCCUGUCCCGAAGCCAUAUCCGGUGCCAGUGCCCGUAUACAGACAUGUAACCGAUAAGGGCAAGAAUCAUCGCAGAUGGUGAUUAUGCGCUCUCGCAUAAUGUACUUUGUUUUGUUGACUAGUUGUCGGUCCUAUUUAUUAUAUAUCUAUAACAUAUAUUGGAAAAAUAAAUAUAUGAAAUAAAUAGAAACUAAUAUUGAAAAAGCUUGAAAACACUUUAUGACGUUCUCUGUCUACAAUAAUCAUCAUCAACGUUAUUGGAAAGCGCCAUAAAUAGUAGGUAAAAUAUGUAAAUAUUAAAAAAAUAAAAAAGUUUCAUUCUACUCACUUUUAUCGAA